AUGCAGGAACCCAGAGCUGUAUAUUGCUGCAGCACACCAGCAGCAGCAGCAGCAGCAGCAGCAGCAGCAGUAAUAGCAGCAGUGAUAGCAGCAGCAGCAGCAGAAAAGAGAAUAAUUGGGGCGCAAAAGCAGCAAAGAAAUAGACGAUGGAAUAGCAGCAACAGCAACCGCAACAGCAGCAGCAGCGACAACAGUCACAGCUACGCUAGAAACAACAGCCACAACAACAUCAGCAGCAGCAGCAGCAGCAGCAAAGGCAGCAGCACCAGCAGCAACGACAACAUACGAAGCAGCUACAGUAGCACCACCACACGACGUACACAACAGCAGCAACAACGGCAACAACGACAGCAGCAACAGCAGCACCAGCACCAGCAGCACCAGCAGCAGCAGCAGCAGCAGCAACAGCAGCAGCAGCACCAGCAGCAACAGCAGCAGCAGCAGCAGCAGCAACAGCAGCAGCAGCAGCAGCACCAGCAGCACCAGCCGCAGCAGCAACAGCAGCUGCAGCAGCAGCAACAGCAGCAGCAGCAGCAUACCGUAGCAAGAAGAGAGUACCUCUACUCCCGCUUCAAAUCCGGCAUUGUGUCUGCUUGCAUCGUCUUUGUUUAUCUUCCCCAGGUCAUAGAUCCACGAAGUGAAGGGCCUCAUCAGCAGCUGUCUGCAUGUCUUUAG